UAGAGACAUAAUGUUAUAGCGAUGGCAGCCGCUACCUAUCCGGCAUAACAGCUUACUCAUCCCAGCUUUACCAUACUAAUACGUACAUAUGUACCUCCACGUACCUGUGGCAAGGAGAUGAUUUUUAAUCUUAUCAAAACCUCGGAUGACAACCUUCAAUAUUGUUUGAAAUCAAUGAAAACGUAUUGUACAAUACGUUGCAAAAAAACAAACAAAACUAUAUAAUGAGGGGUUGGUUAUUAAAAAACAUAAUGCAUCGUACUUCUUGAGUCAUUCGUUGAAGGAAACAUCUGAUCGAGAUGUCACAUAUAACAUUCUCGGUUCGUCGGGCAUGGGCCGCAUCCGGGCGCCUGCGGACCCCAGCCGGUAAAGGUCUCGCUGAGCCCCUGCGACGAAUUACUACUGCAACGGCGGCAGUGGUUCCAAGCAUCCCGGAGCCACAGAACCAGGUUCGGCCGCCUCCUAUCCGGCUUUCCCGCCGAGACUUAUUGAAGGACGCGAAACCAUUUUCGGACUUCCUUACUGACACCUUCCAUCGGCAACAUGACUAUCUACGCAUCUCGCUUACGGAAAGGUGCAACCUUCGAUGUGUCUACUGUAUGCCCGAAGAAGGAGUGCCCCUGUCACCACCGAGGGAGUUGUUGACGACGCCGGAGAUUGUCAUGUUAUCUUCUUUAUUUGUUUCCCAAGGUGUCAAUAAAAUCCGUCUCACGGGCGGUGAACCUACUAUCAGAAGAGAUAUUCUUCCGUUAAUGCAGCAAAUUGGCGACCUUCGAUCGCAUGGACUACGGGAACUUUGUCUCACUACUAAUGGCAUAGCCCUUCAUCGAAAACUUGAUGGGAUGGUCGAAGCUGGGUUGACUGGCGUCAAUUUGAGCCUCGACACACUAGAUCCGUGGCAAUUCCAAAUUAUGACCAGGCGGAAAGGGUUCGAGGCUGUCAUGAAGAGUAUUGAGAAAGUCCUCGAGCUAAAUAAACACGGCGCCGGCAUCAAACUCAAGGUUAAUGCUGUUAUCAUGCGAGGAAUCAACGACCGCGAAAUCAUCCCCUUCAUCGAGAUGACUCGCGAUAAAGACAUUGAAGUGAGAUUUAUAGAGUACAUGCCAUUCGACGGAAACAAAUGGAACGAAGGGAAGAUGUUUAGCUAUUCCGAGAUGUUAGAUCGUAUUCGCGAGAAGUAUCCUAAUCUAGAGAAGAUACGAGAUCACAAGAACGACACAAGUAAGACCUAUAGGAUCCCCGGAUUCAUAGGCAAGAUUGGCUUCAUUACUAGCAUGACGCACAAUUUUUGUGGCACUUGCAACCGCCUUCGGAUUACCAACGAUGGAAAUCUCAAAGUAUGCCUUUUUGGCAACGCUGAGGUCUCACUGAGGGAUAUCCUCAGAGAAUCAAAUGGCGGGGAACCGAUUAAUGAAGAAAUUUAUGAGACCAUGAGGAAGAUCGAGAUGGAUAGGCGACAACAACUAUCUCCCCACUCGCCUCCUCUUCACCUAGCACCGAAUGAACAAAGGCUUCUAGAUGUCAUUGGGAUGGCCGUGAAGAGGAAAAAGGCUAAGCAUGCGGGUAUCGGUGAACUCGAACAUAUGAAGAACCGGCCAAUGAUACUCAUAGACUCGCAGAAACAUAUUUCGACCAUCCGCUGGCAAGUUACAACCCGAGACAUUCCCAGACGUCUAUUAAGGAUACCUCCAGCUUCUCAUCAGGCUGUCCCUUGGCUACUUGCUACAUCGGAUGAUUUCCUGUCUGGACAACAAUUACGGUGUUUUUCCUCCACGGGCCCGGGCAUCGAUGAAAAAAACAGCACUGCUAGACUGACGCAUGUCUCGGAAUCCGGCUCUGCGCAUAUGGUCUCUAUCUCAGAUAAGACACCUACCAAGAGAAUUGCCAAGGCGACUUGCAGUGUUCAUUUCACCAAUGCAAGAGCAUGUGAGCUUAUUAAAGAGAAUCAAAUCAAGAAAGGCGACGUCUUAGGGGUUGCUCGUGUGGCUGGGAUUAUGGCGGCGAAGAGAACACCAGAUCUCAUCCCUUUAUGCCAUCCUAUUGCAAUCACGAAAGUCACCGUAGACCUAGCUCUGAGGUUGGACAAAAUCGAGAACAGUCGGGGUAGAGUUGAUAUAGAAGCUACUGUGGCAUGCGAGGGUAAAACAGGUGUAGAGAUGGAAGCUCUGACGGCUGCUUCUACGGCAGCACUCACCGUCUAUGAUAUGUGCAAGGCUGUAGAUAAGGGAAUGAGUAUUCAAAACUUGAAAGUCGUUCUAAAAGAGGGCGGCAAAAGUGGACGGUAGAUUGAUGGCGUGCAGACAUCGGAUACAGAAUGAGAAUCUAUUUUUGGUUAUACGACCCCAAAUUGUUUAAUUGUGCU